CUCUGAGCGGUUCAGUGCUGUACCCGGCCCGGCCCUCCGCUCGUUGGGUUCCCGCUGAGUGAGCGCCUCUCUCCGGGCUGAGCUCUCUCCGCCUCCGCCCCCAGGUUACCCGCUCCAGCUACACCAAUGAACGCGGUCUGCUGUGGGUCCACAAAGGAGACAGAAGAAUACACACAGAUUUAACAGAACCGGUUCCUGAGGGGCAUGAGCGCCUUGUCGGCGGCCAGCGCUGUUCUGAUCUGGAGCCAGUGCUGGUGACAGGGACAUGGGCCUCUAUCUCAGGGCUUCCAGCACGCUCAACACAAGCGACGACCUGGUCCACAGCGCCACUGAAAGGGACGCGGGGUUCACCCUUCUUGCCAGGGCGGCACCACCACAGGCCCAGCACGCAGCAGAACAUUGGGUCCCAAGCUCCUGGUAGACGCUCCAAGUAGCCUUCUCUAAUGAGGAUGUCUGAUACUGUCAAUGUAAAGGAGACGAGCGAAACCAUGAGAGGUCUGGAGGUAGAGGAGAGCAACUCAACGCCUGGGGGCAACAGCCUCACCAAGUCCGAGAGCCGGGAGCAGAUAGAGCCUGAUGGGGAUGAGAACUGCUGUGAUGACAAGAGUGAAACACAGCGGCAAAUACCUGGACAAAGUGCAAAAAGGCCCAAGGAUGAAAUUCAGAUCAAGCUCUCCCAGUCGUUCGACAAAGAGGACGCUCCAGCCAGUAAAAACGAAGAUGACAAAGACAAAAGCGGUGACAAGUUGGAGAAAUUGGAGAAAAUGCCCCGUAAGAUGCUGUCAAGAGAUUCCAGUCAAGAAUACACUGACUCCACUGGCAUUGAUCUGCAUGAGUUCUUGGUAAACACGUUGAAAAACAACCCCAGGGACAGAAUGAUGCUGCUGAAGCUGGAACAGGACAUUCUGGACUUUAUCAGUAACAACGAGAGCCAGAGGAGAAAGUUUCCCCCCAUGACCUCCUACCACAGAAUGCUCCUGCACAGAGUAGCUGCCUACUUCGGCUUAGACCACAACGUCGACCAAACCGGGAAAUGUGUAAUCAUCAACAAAACUAGCAAUACAAGAAUACCAGAUCAGAAGUUUUCCGAACACAUCAAAGAUGACAAGACUGACGAUUUCCAGAAGCGAUACAUCUUAAAAAGGGACAACUCCAGCAUAGACAAAGAUGACAACAUGAUGCGAAUGAGGUUGAAAGAAGACAGGAGGAGUAAAUCAAUAGAAGAACGGGAAGAGGAGUAUCAGCGGGCAAGAGAGAGAAUAUUCGCUGAUGGCUUGGAUACUUUCCCUCUUGAUAAAAGGAUCCAGGAGGAUGAUGCUUGUAACAGCACACAGCAGAGGCGGCAGAUUUUUAGGUUGAAAGAUGGCCGAUCAGGGAAUAGCCGCCAAAGCAGUUCUGAGAACGAGCCCAAGUAUUCGGAGCCGCGGCCCUGGAGCAGCACUGACUCGGACAGCUCCAACCGCAACCUCAAACCUGCCAUGACCAAGGCCAGCAGCUUCAGCGGCAUAUCGGUGCUGAUCCGCGGGGACAGCUCCAGCAGCAGCAAGAGCGUGGGGCGCCUCUCUAAGACGGGUUCUGACUCUUCUAGUAGUGUAGGUUCAUCCACGGGCUCGCUCUCUCGCUCCCAGCCUCCCCCUCCUCCUGCCCCGGCCCUAACCCAGCCGGCCCACGCCGCGCCCUUGGCCUACCCUGCCGUCAGCACUAGUAGCAGUGUGUCCUAUGAGGGUGGCAGGAGCGGGCCACCGGCAACCACAGCUAACGCUAGCUACUAUUUGCUUCCCCUGGAAGCGGCGGGGAUACCGCCUGGAAGUAUCCUGGUCAACCCGCACACAGGUCAGCCUUUUGUGAACCCGGACGGCAGUGCUGUGGUCUACAACCCCACCGUCGCUCCUCAGGCUUCCAGGCCACAGCAGCCUUUACCACCACCUCCUCCACCUCCUCCACCUCCUGGCCCUCUCCAGCAUCAGUCCAACAAUCACGUCAUCCCUCAGCCCCUCUGGCCUGUCCAGCCCUCCGCUCAGCCUGUCCAGUACUCGACGGUGUCUUACCCACCACAGCUCCUCUCCGUCUCCCCUAACCAACAGUACACUGUGCAAGACAACCUGAGCGCCCAGUUCAGCCACAUGAGCCUUGUGCGGCAGCCGUCGGGGGAGGGCCGCGAUGCCCACACUGCCAUGUACCCCUCCUCCGUGGUGCUUCAAGCCCCUCCGCCGCCCCCUCCUCCUCCACAGCAGCAGGCCGGCUAUAUGGUGCCCUCCCCUGGCCAGAGUGUUCCAGCCCCACCCUACUCCACGCCAGGCCCGGCACCCGUGAACCAGCCAGUGAUGCAGCAGCAGGGCUACAUGCAGCAGCCUAUGCAGCAGAUGCCAGCAUGUUACUGCGCACCAGGCCAGUACCCUCUGUCCAGCCAGCAGUAUCGGUCGGUUGGCACGGUGCAGUACAGUAGCCCACAGAGCCAGCCCCUGCCCCCUCCCCCACCUGCUCAACAGCCAGGUUACCAAACUGUGAUGCCAAAUCAACAGCCGAGCUACCAGAGCAUGGUCCAGCAGCCGCAGAGUCAAACCCUGGUGAGCGGCCAACAUAGCAAUAUGGGAAAUCAAAUGCAAGGCAUGAUGGUCCAGUAUCCUUCAAUGCCAUCUUAUCAGGUAUCCAUGCCUCAAGGAUCCCAGGGCGUGCCCCAGCAGACAUAUCAGCAGCCAAUCAUUAUCCCCAACCAGUCCAGCCAUGGGCCCAUGCCUGCGUCCAGCAUUCAGGUCUACUACAGUGUUAUACCACCCAGUCAGCAGAACACCAUGAGCUCCUCUGUGGGAUUCCUCCCCCCUCCAGGCACGGAGCAGAUGUCGUUUCCUCGCACCUCCUCCCCCUGCAACUCCCAACAGAUUCCUACCCAGCAGUGCUCAGGCGUACCUCCCCCACCCCCUGGUGGCGGUAUGGUGAUGAUGCAGCUCACGUUACCUCCAACCCAGCAGCCACGGCCACACUCACCUCCACAGUGGAAACACAACAAGUACCACAGUCUGGACCACCAACGCAGCCAGAAGUCCACAGAGCUCUGCAGCCUGGACACCUCACAGAGCAGUCCCCAGUUGGGCAGCCCAUCCACCUCCCCUGCGCAGUCACCCACACCCUCCCACCUGAAGAACGUCCGUCCUGGCCUCACUUCUGUUCCCAUCAUGCCUCAGUUCUCUAGAUCCUUUGUCCCGGGGCAAGGUGAUGCACGGUACCCCCUCCUUGGUCAGCCUCUCCAGUACAGCCCGCAGGUCCGUCCUCCUUUGCUCCACGCGCCCCCUAUGAUCUCCAAUCACCAGGGCCCAGUGGGGAUACGGCAUGUUGGUCGAGGCAGAAAGCCGCCCAGGAAAGCGCUGUCUACAGAUCUCAGUGUAGGUGAAGCAGUGAGUGGCCGUGUUCUGGAAGUGACGGACCUGCCGGUGGGCAUCAGCCGGGCAGAGGCCGACCUCCUGCUGAGGGAUCUGAGCCGAGCGGGCGCUGUGGUGACCUGGCUGCCGGAGCGCCGGGCCGACGGCGACCGCUCCGAGCCGCUCCCCUCUGACCCCGCCUCCGCCUACACCGUCCUGGCUACUUUCCCCUCCAGGCAGGCGGCGCAGGGGGCCCUCCUCUGCCACAGCUUCGCCCUCGGCCCGGCCCCCUUCAGACUCACCCCCAGCAAGAGACACUGCGAGCAGCCCAGCCUGGAGAGGGCCAGCUCCCAAUGAGAUUCUUCAGUCUAUCUGCCCCCUUCCAAACAAAAUACGCCCAACCCUACUGCGCCCCAACACCAGCACCCCUCCCUCCUCAUCCUCCCUCACCUCUUUUUUUCCAUCAUUUUCCUCUUUCUGCUCCUCUCUGCCAAAAACAGAGCACACGUUUCCUCGCCUCCAGUCCCCAAAUUUGGUCUUUGUCACCUUCUAGGCAUUUUGGGGGGCGAAAGAACAGACAUGAACUUGAAACUAGAGACAUGAAGUUUCACAUACAUAUGCUUUUGGAUAAUUGACUGGAACAUAUCAAAGGGGCAGCCUGUACUGUUUUUUUUUUGUUGUUUUUCCCCUCUUUUUUAAUUUUUAUUUACCUUUUUUGUUUUUCCUUUUUUAUAUUUGUAAAAUCUGGUCUAAAAUUAUAGUCUCAACUUUCUUUCCCUCACCCAUCCAAGGCACACACUUCCUCCCUGUCCAUAGCAGCCAUUUGCCCCCCAGUGUGGUCAAAUCAUGGGGUCAUGGGGUACACAAUGGGUCUCAUGUUGUGCCUUCGAUCAGAGGUUGGCUUCGCUUUUCUCCGAAAAAGAAAAUCGAAGACACCUCAGUGUCUCCUGUAAAAAUGAAGACCCGCGCAUUUUGUUUUGUAAAUAAUUUAUAUAGUAGCUAAAUAAUUCAAUUGAUUCCCUUCCCUCUGUGAAAGUUGGGAACAGGCACAGGUGAGAGCAAGAUUUUCUUUUCUUUUUUUUUGUCGUUUUUAACUUAAGACGUCGCCAAAAAACCCACCUCAUUCACUGCUCCCACCCUUACAUAUUUUAAUACUCCUCAGUUGGAACAAUCCUGUUCACCCUUCUUCCUCCACUUCUCUUCCCUCCUCAUACAUGGAAAACCAUGUCAGAUCUUUUGAUUUUCAAAGUCUUUUAAAAAUAAAAAAAAAAUUAUAUGCCUACUGGGUCACUGGAAAAAACACAGUUUGCACAUUUAUACAAGUCUAUAUAUAUAAAUAUAUUUUUUUUCCUUUUUUUUCUCAAAGAAAAAUGUGUGGAUUCUGAAAGGCUGUUCAAUGUUUACUGGUGCAAGUCAUUUUUAUUUCAGUUUGAAAACCAAUAAAUGUUUACACCAAAUGACGUA